ACUUUUUUAUAGAUAAUGAGCGACGCUUGAAACUUUUUAAUACUUACUGAGGACAGUGAUCUUGACAACAUAUGUCAUCGAAAUUAGAGGAUAAAGGGAAACCUAUACCUGUUCGUUGGAUGGCACCGGAAGCUUUAGAAGAUGGAAUAUAUACUUCAAAAAGCGAUGUUUGGGCAUUUGGUGUAUUAAUGUGGGAAAUUACGUCAUUGGGCAAACGGCCUUAUCCUGAAAUCAUAGAUGAUGGCAAAAUAAUGGAACAUGUUUGUGCGGGAAACAUAUUGUCGAAACCCUCUCAUUGUCCAGAGGAAUUAUACAAUUUGAUGACAACUUGUUGGAAUGAAGCGGAGAAUAGACCAAAUUUUAUGAUUUGUCUCGAAAAUAUCAUAUCUUUAAGAGACAAAAUAGAAGACGACGACACGAUUCUGCACUUGUUCCCCGCCCAGCCUCCUAAAAAGUCUGCAUAUCUUCAAAUGGCAGAUCUGGACUAAAGCACAACUACACACAACUAUGCAGAGCCAACAUACUUCCGAAUCUUUAAUUGUCAGUGAUGCUUUUAAUAAUGUUUUACAUAAUCGCUU